AUGUCGCUGGUUAUCCCGGACAAGUUUCAACAUAUUCUUCGUAUUAUGAAUACAAACAUCGAUGGCAAGCGCAAAGUUAUGUUUGCUAUGACUGCUAUUAAAGGAGUAGGUCGCCGAUACUCUAAUAUUGUAUUGAAAAAGGCCGAUAUUGACCUCGACAAACGUGCUGGAGAAUGCACCGAAGAAGAGGUUGAAAAAAUCAUUACAAUUAUGUCUAACCCCAGGCAAUAUAAAAUUCCUGAUUGGUUUUUAAACAGACAAAAAGACAUUGUCGAUGGAAAAUACAGUCAACUUACAUCAUCAAACUUGGAUUCAAAGCUUCGUGAAGACUUAGAGAGGUUGAAGAAGAUCCGUGCCCAUAGAGGUAUGCGUCACUACUGGGGACUCCGUGUCCGUGGUCAACACACUAAGACUACUGGUAGACGUGGAAGAACUGUUGGUGUAUCUAAGAAGAAGUAA